AUGAAAUUAGGAUAUAAUGAAAUAAUGAUAACAUCAAUGUAUUUUAAUGAUAUUAAUGAUUUUAUUAAUUUAGAAAUAGGAAUUAAAAGAUUUCAAGGAAAUAUUGAACGAUUUCAUUUUAAUCCAAUUCCAUUAAAUGAAUAUUCAAGAAAAUUAUUUACCAAUAUUGAAACAUUUCAUAUUUAUAAUGAAAAUGAUGAAAUAUUUAAUGAUGGAAAAAUAUUUAAAUAUGUAAUAUGGUAUUUAGUAGAAUAUUCAAAAUAUUUACAAGAGAAAGAAAAAAGAAAUAUAUAUAAAAAUAUAGAAUAUACAGAAGAAGAUAGAAAAUCAUAUGGAAAUACAAUACCACCAGAAGUUAAAUCACUUGGAGAUAAUUGUUUUAGUUAUUGUGAUAAAUUAACAACAGUUAAUAUACCAUCAUCUGUCAGUGAAAUAGGAGAUUGUUGUUUUAAUGAAUGUUCAUCAUAA